AUGUACGCACCUCACGCCCCACCUCACUUCCAGACCCAUCUCCAACAUCGACCACCCACUGCCCCUCCUACACCCGACUCAGACGCUCCUUCAUGGUCGACGUCCAUCCCUCCUCCUCCAGGUGUGAACGUCCCCUCGUCCAAUGGGCCACCAGGUCCAGGAUUCAUGGGCGGACAGAACCUCUUACCUCCGAAUGGAGCAGGUGGAUUCAUGUACAACGACACUCGUCGUUCUCAGCCUCAACCUCAGGGGUACGGCUACUCUCCAAGUGGAGCUUCACCUCUUGAUGGAGGUGCAUCCCAAAAUACCAGAAGUCAGGGGCAAGGGCAUACACCUCAAUUAUCGAUAUCUGCUACUGGUAAUACAUCAACUACACCUAUUCCCUUGCCUGGGUCUACCAACCCCAACGCAGCAGGUGGUGGACCAUUAUUACCCCAGAACCUCGCUCAACACCUCAAUAACCCUCCAGCACCCUCGACCACUCAGAAUCAAGGCUCGAAUCAGCAAUUAUCGCAGAAUCAGUCAGCUCUACAGAAUGCCUCGGGCGGUGCUGGAGCAGGAGCAGGUGGAAAAGUCUUAUUGAUGCCUAAUGGAGCGCCACCACCGGCAGGAAGUGAAGAAGAGAAGAUAUAUAUAUUGAUAACGGAGUUGUUAGAACCUGAGACGAGGGAAGGGGCGUUAUUGGAAUUAAGUAAGAAGAGGGAGUUGUACGAGGAUUUGGCUUUGGUACUAUGGGGUGGAUAUGGAAUAAUGUCAUCUCUUCUCCUCGAGAUUGUAGCCGUCUACCCAGCAUUAUCACCACCUUCAUUGACUGCUCAUGCAUCCAACCGCGUAUGUAACACUUUAGCAUUACUGCAAUGCGUUGCGAGUCAUUCUGAUACCAGAGCUUUGUUUCUCAAUGCGCAUAUCCCUCUUUUCCUAUAUCCAUUCUUGAAUACUACGAGCAAGACUAGACCAUUCGAGUAUCUCAGAUUGACUUCUUUGGGUGUCAUCGGUGCUUUGGUCAAGCAAAACGACAACUCUGACGUUAUCAACUUCCUUUUAUCUACCGAAAUCAUUCCUCUGUGCUUGCGAAUCAUGGAAACCGGUUCCGAGCUCAGUAAGACAGUUGCGAUCUUCAUCGUUCAGAAAAUUUUGGCGGAUGAUCUGGGAUUGCAGUAUAUAUGCCAGACGUACGAGAGGUUCUACGCUGUCGGAGCGGUACUGUCGAAUAUGGUGGAUGCGCUUGUGGAGAGUCAGGCUGUGAGGUUGUUGAAGCAUGUGGUUAGAUGUUAUUUGAGGAUGAGCGAUAAUCCCAGAGCAAGAGAGGCGCUUCGAGCAUGUUUACCUAAAGCCCUUCAAGAUAAUACGUUCACUCCUCUUCUCAAAGGCGAUAUGGUCACUAAACGAUGUUUGACGACGUUAUUGAUGAACCUCAAUGAUCGAUCGGAGGGAUAA